UAGCAACUUUACGAAAACUAUUAUCUCAUUUAUUUGGCCUUCAACAACGACCAACAAUAACAUGAGCUCGCACAAAACGUCUCUACUGAGCCGCCUCAGGGUGGCCGUGAAGAAGGUGAAGCUCCUGCUGAGCGCCACCGUGCUCAGCCACGCAUGGCAUGCGGCGAACAUUCUCCGCGGCGUUUCUAUCAGCAAACGCCAGAUUAGUUUCAACGAUCGACCAGGGUUGAUGAUGUGUACUCCUUCUUCUUCCUCAGAGGAAACGGAUUCGGAGGGUUUGAUUUCUCCUCCUGCGCACACCCUUCAGAGGACCAUAAGCUGUCCCUCCGAUGAUGAUAUCGAUAAGAGAGCAGAGAUGUUCAUAACCAAUUUCAGAAGACAGCUUCAGAUGGAGAGACAAAUCUCACUGCAGCUACGUUAUCGCAGGGAAAAUAGUCUUGAAUUGGUCUCUCCCUGAUUAGUUCUUCGGAUUUCUUCUAAUGGAGGACUUGCGUUUUUUCGUGGAAGAUCUCCAUUUUUCACUUUGCGUUGAUCGCCAGAGGAACGUGUACAAAAAAAGUGUGCCUUUUUUUCCCUUUCAUUUGUAAAGUUUUGGAUUCUUGAGAUUGUUUUGAUCCUUUUUUAUGAUUUGCAGCAAUUACAAGAAGCUGGGAACAUAUGAUGUUUUUGUUAGUUGUUCCUUUUUCUCUUGUGUAUUUAUUUCAUUAUCAUUGUCCCUGUACAACAAAAUUAAAAUAUGAAAAUUAUAUGAGGGACUGUUUUUCUUC